CUAGUAUUAUAAAUAUGGAUAGGUUGUUAUCAUUUUAUUCAGUCAAUGAAUCUAUGAAAAUUAAUAUUUUGGCUCAAUUGAUUGUGCAUCAAGAAACCUUCCCUAAGGUUGCCGACGAGUCACGACUCGCGCCCAGCCGUCUCCUUCGCUGGAAGUCUUCGCCGACCCAAACCUCUUGGGCACUCGACGACUACGGUCUUGUUUCUUGAUUGUGUGUGGAAUUCAACGUUGAGGAUCGCUAUCCUUAACAUAAACCCUCGAAAAUCUGGGUCGUCGGCUUCCCAUUCGAUCCCAUCAUCGAAGUUCUGAGAGUGGACUGUACCUAAAAGCCUCAGAUUGCUUGCCACGCUUUUUUUACUUCAAAAAUGGAAAACUUAUAAAGCUAGAACCGUAGUUGUUGUUGUUGCUGCUGCUAUCUUUGAGCUUUCUUUGGUUUCUUGAGAGUGAGAAUACGUGUUUGAAACGCCCCCAGCAUGAAUGCAUCUGAUCUUCUCUUGCAUCAUCGUCACCGUCGGGAGAUGAAUAUUUGUGUUUCAUUCGGGGAUUUUUGCACAUUUCUGCUAAUGUUUUUGAAGUUAUGGGAAGAGCUUGUGGUAGAGAAAAAUAGGAAGAUAUAUCGGUUGAGUUUUUAUUUAGGAUAACAAGAAUGUUAUUGUGACCAUAAAAUAUUCUUUUGUUUUUGGCUCUUUUAGGUUAUUAAACGUGGGAAUUGUAUUAUUUGGUUUGGUGAAUGUAGUACUUGUAAUUAUUUGAUAACUAACCAGAUAUUUGAUUUUCUUGUGAAUUAUGGUCAAUAUCGAGUAUAUAAUCAGUGAUUUCAAAAUUUGUAUUUAUCAUUAAAUUAAUGGUAAUUUGUGUAAAUUGUUAUCUAACAAUUCAUGUCAUCAAACUAGAAAAAUUAUUUUUGAAAUAUCAAAUUGAAAAUUUAAAUAAUACAAGCCCAUCAAAAGGAAAGCUGUGCAUCUACCCCAAACCAUGGUUUCGCAUUUCAGUAAUGGAUGAAUGUUGCGGAGAUUUUUGAUGCUCACGACGCAUACUUUGAUUGUUGUAACUAUCAUCGAAUUGAUGAGUGCUUUCCUGUUUUCAAAAGGGGGAAUGGCUGCGGCUGGAGUUUCUGAUGAUCAGGUCACUAGCGUAUGCGGUCACUGUGACAGAGCUAUUCCAUCUUCCAAUAUUGACUUGCAUUUUGCUCACUGCUCCCGGAAUCUGGAGAAGUGUAUAGUGUGUGGUGAUAUGAUACCCCGGAAACAUGCAGAAGAGCAUUUUCUGAGUACCCAUGCCCCGGCCUGUUGUUCCCUGUGCAGUGAGACUAUGGACCGUGAUAUUUUAGAUGUUCACAAAGGAGAAAAUUGCCCGAAAAGAAUUGUGACUUGUGAAUAUUGUGAAUUUCCACUGCCUGCAAUUGAUCUAUUGGAGCACCAGGAAGUUUGUGGAAAUCGGACAGAGUUAUGUUACAUGUGCCAUAAAUAUAUAAGACUUCGAGAGAUGCAUAGCCAUGUAAGCAGAUGCACCGGUGCUGUUAGUAACGUAGCUGAGUCAUCAAGGAACACGAGGGCACUGGAAAGGGAAAGGGAAAGGGCUGCAGGUGCUCCGAGGAGGCAACCGCGUGAGUUUUCUCCAAGGCGUCUACUGUUUACUAUUGCAAUAACAGGGAUUGCUGUUCUAUUAGGUUCGCUUUUCUUCCAGAGGAAGCCAGGCCGGACUCCAGUGAACUAAGAAUGCUCUUCUUUCUAGGCUACUACUGCUUACACCAUCUUACUUGGUUUUACGUCUAAUGUUAUAAUUCAUGGCAUGCUUAUAAUGUUGAAAGAUUUGAGCGCAUGGAUCUUUGUAUCAUUUGAGAGACAUUAUUGUUCCAUUCGGUAAAUAGUCUUAUUUGUAAAAAGGGAACCAAAUCUUAUUUGUACCGGGAAAGAAUAAAUUGUCCGUUCUUCUUUCAAACA